CAAAUCAACAAUCUUCUCGAAAAAGCUCUCUUAAAUUCUCGAUUCGUCUUCCAAUUUUCUCUACUACUCUCUUCGUUUCUCGUUUGCGUUGGAAUAGAAAUCGUUGCGAUGGCGGAAGUUCAGAUGGCUGAUGCGGAGACUUUUGCCUUCCAGGCCGAGAUUAACCAGCUUCUUAGCUUGAUCAUCAACACUUUCUACAGCAACAAAGAGAUUUUCCUCCGUGAGCUCAUCAGUAACUCUUCUGAUGCUCUUGACAAGAUUCGAUUUGAGAGCUUGACCGAUAAGAGCAAGCUUGAUGGACAGCCUGAGCUCUUCAUCAGGUUGGUGCCAGACAAGGCGAACAAGACGCUCUCGAUUAUCGACAGUGGCAUUGGGAUGACCAAAGCAGAUCUGGUGAACAACUUGGGAACCAUUGCGAGAUCUGGAACCAAGGAGUUUAUGGAAGCGCUCCAAGCUGGAGCUGAUGUGAGCAUGAUUGGUCAGUUCGGUGUUGGUUUCUACUCUGCUUAUCUUGUUGCAGAGAAGGUUAUUGUCACCACAAAGCACAACGAUGAUGAACAGUACGUGUGGGAGUCUCAAGCUGGUGGUUCCUUCACUGUCACAAGGGAUGUUGAUGGGGAACAACUCGGUAGAGGAACUAAGAUUACUCUCUUCCUCAAGGACGAUCAGCUUGAAUAUCUGGAAGAGAGGAGACUCAAGGACUUGGUGAAGAAGCACUCGGAGAUUGUGGAUUCUCCGUGCUGUCUUGUGACUGGUGAGUAUGGAUGGACUGCGAAUAUGGAGAGGAUUAUGAAGGCGCAGGCGCUGAGAGACAGCAGCAUGAGUGGCUACAUGUCGAGCAAGAAGACGAUGGAGAUUAACCCCGACAAUGGAAUCAUGGAGGAGUUGAGGAAACGAGCUGAGGUGGACAAGAACGACAAGUCUGUGAAAGAUCUGGUGAUGUUGCUGUUCGAGACGGCUCUGCUAACGUCUGGAUUCAGUCUCGAUGAGCCCAACACUUUCGCGGCUAGGAUUCACAGGAUGUUGAAGUUGGGUCUGAGCAUCGAUGAAGACGAGAAUGUUGAGGAAGAUAGUGAUAUGCCUGCGUUGGAGGAGGAUGCUGCUGAAGAAAGCAAGAUGGAGGAGGUCGAC